AUGGUAAUCCCAUACUGUGUAAACCAAACAACAGUAGUGGAAUUUAUGCUUAGGGGAUUCUCUUCCAUUCGACAGCUAAAUAUUUUCCUUUUUAUAGUAUUUUUAAUUUUGUACAUCUUAAUUGUUUCUGGAAACAUCCUCAUUGUUCUGUUAGUUUUUGUCAACCCUCAUCUCCACAUUCCCAUGUAUUUCUUUCUGGUGAAUUUGUCUUUCCUGGAGAUCUGGUAUACCUCCAAUGUUGUCCCUAAGAUGUUGCUGAUUGUCAUAGCUGAACAGAGGACUAUCUCUAUGGCUGGUUGCCUGUCACAAUUCUACAUUUUUGGAUCCCUGGCUGCAACAGAGUGUCUCUUGCUGGCUGUGAUGUCCUAUGACCGGUAUCUUGCCAUCUGCCAGCCACUUCACUAUUCUCUCCUAAUGACUGACUCCCUCUGCGUUAGGCUGGCUGCCAGUUCUUGGCUCUGCUGCUUCCUCCUGACAGCAAUAACUAUUGUCCUACUGUCUAGACUAGCCUUUCAUGGACCUAAUGAGAUUGAUCACUUCUUCUGUGAUUUUACCCCUCUGGUCCGUCUCUCGUGUACAGACACUUCACUGACUGAGACCAUUGCCUUUGUCACCUCUUCUGCAGUGACUCUAGUCCCAUUUCUCCUCAUCACAGUCUCCUACUCAUGUAUUCUUGCUACUAUUCUAAGAAUUCCUUCUGGAACAGGCCGACAAAAGGCCUUCUCCACAUGCUCUUCCCAUCUUACUGUGGUUACAGUGUUUUAUGGGACAUUGAUUGCCACAUAUCUUGUGCCCUCAGCCAAUUCUUCCCAACUCUUACGCAAAGGGUUCUCUCUGCUUUACACCAUCCUCACACCCAUGUUCAACCCCAUCAUCUAUAGUCUAAGAAACAGGGACAUCCACGAAGCCCUAAAGAAGUGCCUGAGCAAGAAGCCAGGCUUCUUGGGAUGA